GUGUGGUUUACUCAAUUUAUUUUUUUAAGUGGUCUUUAUAAUAUAUCGUAUUUAAAACUCAAGCCUUCUUUUUCUUUUUGAGUUAUCGGUAUCUGACUUCAAACUCUCUGGACAAAGUCGUUCAUUCUUUUGCAAAAUCACCUCUUUUCUUAUGGUCCGAUGUCAAACACAAUAACUUUGUGUGGUGAGAUCAAUUGACGACAUGAGUCUGUUCUGCUCAUAGUUUGUGACAGAUUUACUUAUUAAUUCAGUCCUACUCCUAAAUCAAUUACCAGUUUAUAACAACCAAUGGCCAAUGCUGCACCAGCUUAUAAACCCUACCGCCACUUAAAAACCCUAACAGCUCACAGUCGUGCAAUCUCGUGUGUAAAAUUCUCCAAUGAUGGAACCCUGUUGGCAUCUGCAUCUCUUGAUAAAACAUUGAUAAUAUGGUCAGCCUCAACACUCUCCCUUAUCCACUGCCUUGUUGGCCACUCUGAUGGUAUAUCAGACCUUGCAUGGUCUUCUGAUUCUCACUACAUCUGCUCAGCAUCUGAUGAUCGCACUCUACGCAUCUGGGAUGCACGUGCCCCCUUUGACUGCCUAAAGACUCUCCGUGGGCACUCGGACUUUGUCUUUUGUGUGAAUUUUAAUCCUCAGUCUAAUCUCAUUGUCUCAGGAUCAUUUGAUGAAACAAUUCGUGUAUGGGAGGUGAAGACAGGGAAAUGUACACGAGUGAUUCAUGCUCAUGCAAUGCCUGUUACUUCUGUGAAUUUUAACAGGGAUGGUUCACUGAUCGUGACUGGAAGUCAUGAUGGCUGUUGUAAGAUUUGGGAUGCAGGGGAAGGCACAUGCUUAAAGACACUCAUUGAUGAUAAGGAUCCUGCAGUAUCCUUUGCUAAAUUCUCUCCCAACGGGAAGUUCAUUCUUGUCGGCACUCUCGAUAGCACUCUUAAGCUGUGGAAUUACUCAGCUGGUAAGUUCUUGAAGGUCUAUACAGGUCAUACUAACAGAGUUUAUUGUAUAACAUCCACAUUCUCUGUAACAAAUGGGAAGUACAUUGUUAGUGGAUCAGAGGACAAGUGUGUUUACUUAUGGGAUCUGCAGCAAAAAACUAUGCUUCAAAAGCUUGAAGGCCACACUGAUACUGUGAUUUCUGUAACUUGUCACCCCACUGAAAACAAAAUUGCAUCUGCUGGCCUUGAUAAUGAUAGAACAGUGAGGAUCUGGGUUCAAGACACAUGAAUUGUGGAAACUGAUGCCGCAAUUAGGUAUUUGUGGUGAGACAUGUAGAUAUUGUCUCUGAACUUGUUAUUUCAUUCCAGAAAGCUUUCAUCUCAAUUAUCUUUGUUAGAGAUGCCUGACAUGUAGUGUUUCCUUGUUGCAAAUUAGCUUCGCCUGGUAUCGGCAACCAAGUCUGUAUUUGCAUAACUGAUCACAUUAAAUAUAUGGUGCUGUUUUCUUUA